AUGGCGAAAGCAACUACGACGAUGAUCGUCUGCCUCUCCCUCCUCAGGGUAGCAAUGGCCGCCACGUACAGCGUAACUGACUACGGCGCCGAGGCCGACGGCCAAACCGACUCGACCAAGGCAUUCCUCGCCGCGUGGUCCUCCGCCUGCGGUGCCGCUAGGCCGGCGACCAUCUACGUGCCUGCCGGACGGUUCCUGGUGGGGCAGGCCACGACCUUCCAAGGCCCCUGCAACAACAGCGCCGUCACGAUCCUCGUCCACGGCAUCCUCGUCGCUCCAGCCGGUUACACCUCCGCCGUCAACUGGCUGCUCUUCAAGUACGUGGACGGCGUGUCUAUCCUCGGCGGCACCAUCGAUGGCCGGGGCCAGGCCUUCUGGGCGUGCAAGGACGCCGGCCGCAGCUGCCCGCAAGGCGCCACGUCGUUGAGCGUGGCGGAAUCGAAGAACGUGGUCAUCCGAGGACUGACGUCACUCAACAGCGAGAUGUUCCACAUCUCCAUCUUCGGCAGCAGCAGCGUCAAGGUGCAGGGCGCCAAGAUCAUCGCUCCCGGAGACAGCCCCAACACCGACGGCAUCCACAUUCAAAUGUCCACCGAGGUCACCAUCCUCAGCACCAGGAUAAAGACCGGCGACGAUUGCAUUUCCAUGGGCCAGGGAGCCUCCGGCGUGUGGAUCGAGAAGGUCAACUGCGGCCCGGGACACGGCAUCAGCAUUGGGAGCCUGGGCGGGACGGCGUCGGAGGCCGGGGUGCAGAACAUCACGGUGACGUCGGUGUUCUUCUCGGGGACGCAGAACGGGCUGAGGAUCAAGACGUGGGGCAGGGGCUACUCCGGCUUCGUCAGGGGCGUCACCUUCGCCCACGCCGUCAUGCAGGACGUCAGCUAUCCGAUCGUGGUCGACCAGAACUACUGCCCCGGCAACGUCAAUUGCCCCGGCCAGAGUUCGGGAGUCAAGAUCAGUGGGGUGUCGUACAGUGACAUCCGGGGGUCGUCGGCGACGCCGGUGGCGGUGAAAUUCGACUGCAGCGCGAGCAAUCCGUGCAGUGAUUUGUCGCUGAGCGACAUAAAGCUCACUUUCGAGAACAAGGAGGCGCAGGCCUACUGCAAGAACGCGGAAGGGAGCACAUCCGGCACCAUCAAUCCCCCCAGCUGUAUUUAAUUUAUGAUGCCCAAUUUCAUUGUAGUAGGUAAUUAAUAUAUGUGUAUUAGGAGAUUG